CCCCCAUAUCUCGCCCUUCUGCCCCAACACGCCUGAAUACAUCCUACUCACUGAGGACAACAAGGUGACUCAGGACGCUCUGCAAACAAUCACACGGAUCCAUUAUGAGUAUUCCUGGAUCGUUUCCGGAGAGCCCGCUCAUGCCUGCUCUAAGCUCAUUGAAGGAGCCGGAAUCUCUGACUCUGGACGAGAACGGCAAAGAGAGUAACUUAGUCUGUCGUAUUAGCCCCAACCAUACUCAGAAGACCAUAUUCACUGCUCGUGAAGAUGGCGAAGCAAUUCUGGAACAGGCUUACGCCUCCAUUUUGCAAGAUACAUCCAUCCGUCGCCUGCCGGGACGAUCCACUGCACCCAUGUGGUCCAUGAAAGACUCUUUGAUACAAUAUAGGGAUCGAAUGACACGACAGAAGGAGACUGAACAGUCAGUACAGGAACUCAGUGGGAUGAUUCAGCAGCUGUUGGAAACCUAUACGAGCCUUGUCGGUGGAUCCGACGGAAUGGGCGUGACUCCAUCAGGUGCCAGAGGGCUCAAGGUUAUUGCCCUCCUCCGCGAACGAAACGAGCACGAGAAAGCCAACGAGGAACUCUGCAGUAUUCUUGAUAAUUGGGACGAAUUAGUGGACAAGCCCCCAAGCCUCGACUACGUGUACUGUUCCCAUGGUUCGAUAAGGAAAGACUGGCAAUCAUCAUAUAUACCUCGAUGGGCCAAUACGCUCGGUGAAACUAUCGCGACUGGAGCUAAGGCCGCCGGUACACUCGCUUCGGAUGUCCUUGAGACUGUCGGAAAAUACGGAUACGAGGGAAUGCAGAAGGCUUCUGGUGUCGUCAACGAAGUUUGGAAAAGAGGUCCAACAGACUGUGCAAAGUCGACGUGGAACUGGAUGGCCUCAACGCUUGGUUCAGCGUAUGGCAACAUUGCUUCCAGGUUCUCGAGCCAUUACGGACACUGGGACAAGGCUCCUUCUACCACUUCACCACAUCUCAGAACGCUGGCUAGCGAGGCCUGCUCCGACGAUCGAAUAGGCGACAUCACCAGACGCACUGACCAGUCUGGUAAAGGGAGCAAUGGGUUAAGCCUCGCCAGAGCUCAAUCUUCGGUCCUUCAGAGUUUGAGGAGCCGUUUGCACGGGUCGCAACCAUACUCUGUAGCCAGUGCUCUGUUGUAGAACCGUCAUGGCAAUUAUCACGAGUGCCCUGUUCCCGCCCCACAUGAUCGCACCAUGAACAACAAAUAGAUGCAUCGUCAAGAUGGGUCAUGUCAAUGAUGUACAAGCUCAGGAUCGAGGUUUGAGA